UUCUCCCCUGUAGCCGAACAAGAACCCAAGCCACCGAGAACACCCACCUCUUGAGAAACAGUAAAAAGCUUGAGUUUUUCCCUUCUUUCUUGUUCAAGAACAAGAUUUAGAACUUAGAAAUCCUCCCCCUGCAGAAAAUUUCAGAUCUGCUGUGUUUCCUCGCCCUCCGUCCGCUGCUCUUGGCUGUGUGUGGGUUUGAAUUCUUCAAGUUUCUGAUCCCCUGAUUUCUCCUUCAAUUCUCGUCGACCUCCCGAACUCGCAGCUCCGGUUUUACUUGCUGAAUUUUCUAGUAUGUGACAGCUCCAUCUAAGUCCAAAAUUACCCAUGAGUUGCUAAAUUUAUCCAUUUAUUUGCCGUCCCUGUGCUGUUCGGAUUUCUGUUGAAAUAGGGGGAUGAAUUCCGGUAGCAAUUAGAACAAAUUUAAGCAUUAAUUCAAGUAGAAUUUAUGUGAUUGAGUAUUAAUUGGCUGCUGUGAGGUCCUAGAGAAAAAUCCCGUGAAAUUAGCAAUUGUUUUGCCAAGGCCGGUUCCUCCAUGUUGUCUGUGAAUUUGGAGAAUUUUGUAUAUGUGUGUUUAUGUAUAUAUGUAAAUGCACAAUUUGAUUUUUGUGCUCAAAUUUCAAAUAGAAGUAAAAUAAGGAUAAAUAAAUAAAUAAAUAAGAUUUCUUUAUGGGAUUGAUGGCCGGCAACAAUAGGAGGGUUCUUGAUUAUUCUGUUACCUUAGCACUUGGAGUGAAUUUUCUACGUUAUGCGAUUGAGGUAAGUAAAUUAUGGUAACGCCCUUCGAUUUCAAAGUAAAAGCAUAUUUUAAAUUGUUUUUGAGAUGGUGACAAGGUUUAAAUUGAUUUUAUUAACACUUGAGCAUGAUUAGAAUGGAAAUGAAAAUUUUUAUUAUUUUUGGCGUUGAGCAUGCCCACAUGGAAUUUUUCCGAUUUAUUCCUAAAAUUUGAGACUGAUUGUGAAUUAUGGAUUUUUCUUGUAAAUCCUGCAUGGUUUUGUCUCUAAUAUAGUCAUGAUUACUGAUUACCGAUUACUGACACCUCCUAGUAGGAGUUUGCAAAUGUUAGCACAUGUCGACAUGUAUACCGAUAGGACCUGUUCAUUCUGUAAUCCUGUCAAUGGGAUAAUACAUUGGUUAUUACUGAAACUGACGCCUGCUAGUGGGAGUUGUUAAACACUGGCCAUGACUUAUAGAUGAGACUAUUACUGAAUUUUAUUCUGCAUUAACGGUUUAUCAUUGAACGCUUUGUUAUUUACUUAUAUAUGUGACUACUACUGAAUCUUAUUUUGCAUUAACGAUUUAUCACUGAACAUUUUGUUAUGUUAAAUUGUUUAUCAAGCAUGCUUAAAUUUUACUCAUGGGCUACUCAUAUUUUUACUAAGAUAUAUUAUAUCAUAGUUUUCCUUGUCCAUCAUUUCAGGAAGUGAAACUCGAGGCCCAGUUAACUAGGGGGAGUGAUGAGCUAGAAGGCUAGUCAAUAUUUUGGACUUAGAUCCUUUUUGGACUUAGACCGUUAGCCACACAUGCUUAACAUAAAUGUGAAAUGAUAAAUCAUUUUUGUUUACUGAGUUUCCCUUGGUUAUAGCCAUGACUGUCUUAUAAACUUUUGUCCAUUUGGACUAGUGACUUUUUUGGUAAUUGAAAGCUAGAUAUUAAUUGAGUUUUUUU